GGCAGGCAGGCGGCCGGGUCCUUCGAGCGGCUCCCUGCGCCCGGCAUGGCGGGCGUGAGCUUCGGGGCGCACCGGCUGGCGCUGCUGGCCGCCUACCAGGAGGUGAUCGGCGAGGGGAGCCCCACGGACUGGGCUCUGUACACCUAUGAGGAUGAGUCUGACGACCUGAAGCUGGCUGCGUCGGGAGGAGGUGGCUUGCAGGAGCUCGCUGGCCACUUUGAGAACCAGAAGGUGAUGUACGGCUUCUGCAGUGUCAAAGAGCCCCAGGCAGCACUGCCCAAAUACGUCCUGGUCAACUGGGUGGGGGAGGACGUGGCCGAUGCCCGCAAGUGCGCCUGUGCCAGCCACGUGGCCAAGAUCGCAGAGUUCUUCCAGGGUGUGGAUGUGAUCGUUAACGCCAGCAGCGUGGAGGACGUGGACCCGGGGGCCAUCGGGCAGCGUCUCUCCAACGGCCUGGCUCGCAUCUCCAGCCCCGUGCUGCACCGCCUGCGGCUGCGAGAGGACGAGAACGCCGAGCCCGUGGGCACGACCUAUCAGAAGACCGAUGCGGCUGUGGAGAUGAAACGGCUCAACCGGGAGCAGUUCUGGGAACAGGCCAAGAAGGAGGAGGAGCUGCGGAAGGAGGAGGAGCGGCAGAAGGUGCUGGAGGAGCGGCUGCGCUUUGAGCAGGAGCGCAUGGAGCAGGAGCGCAUGGAGCAGGAGGAGCGGGAGAGGCGUUAUCGGGAGCGCGAGGAGCAGAUUGAGGAGCACAGGCGGAAGCAGCAGACUCUGGAGGAGGAGGAGGCCAGGCAGCGUCUGCAGGAACAGUCCAUCUUCGGCGAGCAGCAGCACGAGGAGGAGAAUGGCCAGGAGCUCAAGAAGUCGGAGUCAGAAGUGGAGGAAGCUGCCGCCAUCAUCGCACGGCGCCCCGACAACCCCCGCGAGUUCUUCAAGCAGCAGGAGCGAGUGGCCUCGGGCAGCUCCGAAGCCACGUCCCCGUUCAGCCAGAGGACAGGCAGCCAGUCGGACGCUCACAGAAAGGCCUCAGCCGUGGGCUGCAGCCCCUGUGACUCCAGCCCGGCCUCCACACCCAUCGGGGAGCAGAUCGAGAGGGCCCUGGACGAAGUGACGCAGCAGGCCCCAUGGAAAGACUCGCCUGGGCCCAGCAGCGAGGCGCCGGCGCCGCCGAUGGCAGACGAGCCGCCCGGGGGCCCUGAGUGGCCAGCGGUGCAGGGGGGCGAGCUGGGCCCCACCGAGGACCUGGUGUUCCUGGAGCCCAGAGAGCCGCUGCUGUUCCCCGUGGCCAUGGUGCCCGCAGAGGGCGAGUCCUCAGGCCACACGCAGCCCCCCAGCCCCAGCCCCGAGAGCCUUAUCGACCUGUGGCAGAAUGACAGCACCACCCCGCCCGCUGCCUGGGAGCUGGCCACCCCUGCGCCGCCGGGGCCCCCCGCGCCCCUCCUGGUGGAGGUGGAUGUGCCCCUAGCCGCCCCCGCUGCCCCUGACGACAACCUGCUGAACUUCGACGAGCUGCCCGAGCCACCAGCCACCUUCUGUGACGCGGAGCAGGACGAGGAGCCGGCCAGCCUCAUUGCGAUGGAGGGGCCGCACCAGAUGACGCUCAGCUACCAGCAUGCCCUGCAGGAGGCCGCCAGCGGGCAGCAGGCCCCCGAGCCCCAGCUGCUGACCAACGGGGAGAUGGCCCAGAAGGAAGGGGUGCAGGCCAGCGAGGGCUACUUCAGCCAGUCGCAGGACGAAGAGUUCGGCCAGGUGGAGACGUCUGCCAAAACUCCUCCUGCCGUGUUCUACGCCAAGCCCCCCGAGAUCGACAUCACCUGCUGGGACGCCGACCCGGUGCCUGAGGACGAGGAGAGCUUUGGGGGCAGCGUCUAAGGCUGGGCCCUGUGCGCGUCAGAGCCCCGGGACCGCCACCGUGAGAUCCCAGCAGUGCAAGACGGCCGCAGCAAGGGGCCCAGCCCCAUCCCUCUCCGUCUGCGUGUGCCCUGGGCCCGGUUGGACGGGCCAGCCCCGUGGCACCCCUGCCCCCCGCAGGGCAACUUUUACAGCUCUCCUCUCUCUCUCUCUCUCUCUCUCUCUUUUUUAAAAGUUGUCUCACUAGGAGCCAUGUGGGUCCGCCCGCCCCCCUUCUCCCGUAGCUCCCUGCUCCACCCUGCUGCUCCUGCCUCUUUGCGUUGAGCUUGUAUAUUUCUUCGCACCCCUCAGCUCCCCCUACCCUGGUGCCCUGAGGGAGGCUGGGCAGCUGGUGCUCUGUGCAUGGGGCAGGGGCCUCAUUCGCCUCUCCCCUGCCGGCUCUGCCCAGAGCCCUGAGAACUUUGCACGAAUCAAAAAUAAAUAUGGCAAUAAAAUGACCCUGUGUGGGUGCGGCUCUGGCUGGCUGCAGCCCCCUCACUUCAGCUGCACCCCAAGGUGCUUGUGCAGCAGAGCCCCGCCCCCAGAGGGGAAGGCGUUCCCCCUGCAGGAGUUAAGAACCCCCAGGGUGGGGGCUGGGAGAGAGCUAGUGCCAGGCUGCCUCUCCCUCCCUCACUGCCUGAGGCUGUCUCAGCUGCAAGGACCCUGCCAGUCGCAGGAGGACACCAUGUGGCGACCCCCCCCUGACUGUGAGCCCCCUGCGCCCCCCCCUUGCUUGGCCCCCUUCUCAAGUACAGUAACUGGUUUUUUUGAAAGCACAAAUUGUGUAUUGGCAACGUGCUAAUGUAUGUUAAUAAAUAAAUUGCCUCCACCCUG